AUGGCACAAGAGCAACGCCGAGUGGAACUAGUGAAACGACUGAAUCAACUGUACAUUGAUCUGGCAACCAGGCGAACCCAAGUUCGAGACGAAUGGAAACGCCGUUAUUAUGUCGCCAAAAGACAGGCCCCAGAAAUUGAGGAGCGUAUGAACGAACACCGACUGCGCCUGGACGAUAUGAUGCGUCGAUCAAUAGUCUCUAUUAGGCACUAUAACUCCGAUUCCGCAGAGGCACUUCGGCUUGCAGAUUUGAUGGAGAAACGUCGAGAGGUCACAGCAGAAGAGUACCGACUGGCAGAAACUAUGCUAGGAUUAACAAAAGCAAUUAAGCUACGAGCUCAAGCAGAAGACGAAGGUCAGCUCUUGAUGGAUGAUCUCGAACGCAGACGCGGCGAGGUGAAUUUAGUAAAAUCGACCUCUCCGAGAAGACGCGUUUAUGCGUUUUCUCUAUCGCCAAGACGACAACCCAUAACAUCAGAGAGCACUCGAGUUCGACGAUUGAAUUCUGACAGAAUACCGGGGAAGAAAAUAGAUAGUGAGCCAAGCAGCAGGAAGGGAAAGCGUGAGAAAUCUAAAAAGUCCGGAACUAUUUCACAGAAAUCCGACU